AUGUUUCAUCAAAACAACUUGCUCUCAUUUCGUCACAUUUUCAUCAUCAUCAUCAUGUUGUAUCAACAGUAUUCUUCGUCGCUUUCUCUCGCCGUCUCAAGAGUAUCAUCAUCAUCAUCAACAUCAUCAUCGCGACGACGAGGGGGUGACUCUUUCCGAACAACAACAACAACAACACGAUGGAGAACGUCCCGACGGAGAAGGACAAAGAAGGUAACUGUAACGGUGUUUGAUUCGUCGCGGCAAAACAGCAACAUCGGCGCCAGCACGAGUGGUAAAGACACCGAGGACGACGCAAAGAUUGGGGUUGGAAGUUCGCUUUUUAAGCGCAUUCAACUCGCAUCGGACGGAUACGUUCGCCUGGCGUUACCCGGGAACGAAUCCCGUGAGGUGGAUAAAAGACCAAUUUCAGACCUCUUGUACGGGUUUCUCUUCGCGUUUGGAACUUUAGCGAUACUGGGUACGAUCGAUGCACUGAUCGAAGUGAACUUUCAGAAACCGUUUUUUAUCGGUGCGUGGGGCACGAUUUCGGUUUUAGCGUUUGGCACGAACGAUGCUCCGGCGUUGCGGAUGUGGAACGUCGUCGUCGCGACCGUGUUUGCUUCGUUCGUGGCGAUUUGUUUCGUGAAAUUCUUCGGGACGACGGUGAUAACGAGAGCGUUAGCGGUGGCGAUAUCGAUCGCGUUUAUGAUGUGGACUGGAGCGAUUCAUCCGCCCGGUGGUGCCGCGUGCGUUAUCGCUAUGGAUAUGAUUAAAUGGCAAGAGCUUGGAUUUUUGUACGCUUUGUAUCCGACGGUUUUAGGGAGCGCGUUUAUAUGCGCCAGCGGCGCGGUCUGUUCGAAAGUCAAGAAACGUUGGCCGUUUACGAUUGAAGACGUGAAGAGUGCGAUGAUGAAUAUGAAACGACCAAACGGAAAAGAAAUGGUCCAAACGUUGAAAAGCUGCGGAAGCGGAGGUAUUUUUGCCUACGGCAUCAUGAACACGCUCUGGUACUCCUUCGGCAUCGUGACCGCAGUGUACGCCAUCACCGCCAGCGGUGCGACGUCUCUCGCGCUCAUCAAACCAAAACUUUUACCAGCCUUAGCUGCUGUCUGGGCCGGAUCCCAAGCGACCAAACUCUUCCGCAUCUCCUCCUCCAUCGCGUUAGCGCCUCUGUGCGAUAAAAUUUUAAACCGAGUCAACCGUCGAUUGAACGAAACGAACAGAUUUUCCAAGUCCCAAACUCUGUUUUGGACGUGCAUCGCCACCGUCCUCCUCGGGUGUGCGUUCAUAGCCGCGUGCACGUUCGCUUUUUUAGCCAAAGCGAAGUUGUUCGUUUAA